UACUAUAAUAACGCAUGUAAUAAUCUAACAAUAUAUUUUUGUUUUGUUAGCCUAUUACGUUUCUAUGGUUACGUACUAGGUUCGUCCUCUUAUUUUACAAAAAUGUAAGUGAUAAGUAAGUACUAUAAGUGGAAACAAAAACACUUUUUAUACUUUUGGUAAAUUAUCUGUGUGAAUGUAAUGAACGAUCAAACUGAAAAGUAAACUUGUAUUAUUGCAAUAAUGUCAAUAUUUAAAGUAAAGCAAUGGUGGACUAAUGACAAACUACAAUUAGAUGAGACAAUAUCAGGUGUACAAAAUGCGACCUGCCUUAAAGUGGAAAAAUUUAAUUCACACAGUGAUAGCGAUUGCAUAGUAAUUAGUGAAGAAUACUUGCUGAAAAUAUAUAAACCCUAUCCAAAUCAAGAAACAUCAAAUGUUGUAUUGGAAACUCAUCUAGGCGAUGUUGCAUUACAAAUAGAAACAGGGAAAUUUUUGACGGGUUCUGUGGAUCGACAAAUUCUUGUAUUGCAUCCACAAAGCUACGCAAUUUAUCAGUUGGAGAGAAAGGAGGGGCACACAGAUGCUGGCGAACAAAAUGUACUGAAAUUGAUGAUAAAACAUUCGUUUACGAGGAGGGCCGAUAGUUUAGUCCAUGGAUCUUUUGGUAAUGUAAAGUCAAGGGAUUUUAUAUGCAUACAAGGAAUAGACGGAAGCUUAAGCUUCUUCGAUCAAGACACUUUUCUAUUUAUGUGCAUUCUAAAUGAUGUUAUAAUUCCCGGACCGGUUUGUUACAUAGCGAGUUGCGACUCAUUUGUAAUUUGCAAGUCAACGUGGAUACUAGAAAUAUACAGUUAUCAACAGUUACGGGAAUUUAGUGAAUUGAAUGUAAGACAAAAUAAGAAGAACAUACCGCAAUGGAUAUAUAACGCUGGAGAGGAAGUAACAUCGGUUCAAGUAAUUCAGUGUGGGACUUGUAUUUUUCAGACAAGCAACAACUUUUCCAGCAUAAUUGCUUUAGGCGAAAGACAUUUGUACUGUUUCCAAGAUAACGGACUUAUGAAAUUUAUGAUAAAGUUUGAUUACAUGCCGACAUGCUUUCAUGCAUACCUCAUCGGUUGGUACUAUGAACCUGGAGCGCGUUUGCUUGUUAUGUUAGCAUCUGAUGAUGCCAAGUUAUAUGUGUACGAGAAUACAUCAUUGCUAUGGUCAUGUGAUUUGUUUAAUACUGCAAUAUCGAUAUCUCGCUGCUUUCUGAAGUCACUACCUGGGGGUAUUGUAACGCUCUCUAAUACUGGCGUAGUUACUGUAUGUUACUUGGGCACUGAACCUGAUUUGAAUUCCAACGCUGCGCCGAUGAUUAAUGAAGAAGUUGAUCCUGAACAGAUUCAGGCAGAACUAGAAAAAGUUGAACAGGCGCUGCAGGCUAUAACAGAAAAUAAAGAGCAGGAAAUUACCAAUGAGGCAACAAUUGACGAAAUUAUAAAAAUAAAAGCUGACGUCGGUAAACCGGUACAAAACCUUACACAUGAUUUCACCAAUGAUAGCAGUGAAGGAUUACAUUUACUUAUGUGUCCAAUAAUAAUAAUACUGACUUGCAAAGAUCCAAAACUUAUUCAAAACGUGCAAAUUACUUAUGCAUGCUGCCCACCAUUUGCUUUUUCUGAGAGCACUAUAUGCUUAGACAAUAUCAAUGGCACAGAAAUAAUAGAAACACAAGUGUUCAUAGAAAGUAAAGGGGAUGUAUCAGAAACUGCAGUGGACAUCUUAUUCACAAUAACGGAUUCUGUAGGAAAAAUUAUAGUGCUUUCCCGGAAAAUUACGCUGCCAAUAACUCUCUAUUGUCUGCCUGUUGACGUGGUAUUGGAGAAUGAAAUAAAGCUAUUCAUUAAUUCAAACCAAUCUUGUGUAGACUUCAGUGAAAUAUUUGCAGAUUUUUCUGAACAAGAAUUAUUACAGUACGGGGGAUCACCCGAAAUUGUUACAUUUUCAUAUAGAGCAAAUAAAAAAACAGUUACAUUAAAAAGUUCCGGAGAACAAUAUUCUAUAGAAGCGGAUGAUUUUCCUGAAAUUGCAUCCAUCUUAGAUUAUUUCAUAUUCAAGUUAAUGGAUCAUUUUGCGCGUAUGGGUAUCAGUGAUUUUCGUUUUUAUAUAAAAUGUGACAAGGAGUUUAUAAAGCAAAUUACUCACAAGUUUUUGAAGAGCAUCGAGGCUCACGCAAAAGAGAGAAUAAAACUUAAAACUUUUGAGGAUGAUUUAAAUGUACUCCAGAAGCAAUUUACACUGAUACAAAAACGUUUGCUGGUACAAUACGGCUCGCUGCCUCCUGGUGACUGCGAUCAGCUCGAGUUUCUCAUGAAGGAUACGCAUAAACGUCUAGUGGAUUCAGUUCAUGAAAUUAUAAUUUGCAGAGAAAAUGUUUGUCGAUCGAGUACAACUCUCAUGGCAAUUGGCCAUCUCAUAAUACAUAUUUUAAAGCAAACUACACCCGACGAUUUCAAAUUGAAACUAAUCGAGGAAAUGUUAUCUUUGAACACUAUUUACGAACUCUAUCAAGAAUGGGAAGAAGCUGUAACACAAGCACUGUCAUACAUAGUGAAUAACGUGUUACAAAAGUCUGAGAAGGACAAAGAGAAAUUGGCACCAGUAACGGAACAAGGAAUAUUAUCGCAUAUCAAUUUGAAAAGAUUUCUCAAGCAAAUCCGUAUGGUGCUGGACAAAAUGUUUUCAGAUGCUUGGACUGAUGAUACAGAAGCGACCACUCAUAAACCAAAGGAAAAAAUUACACGCAUUGAAGAAUUUGUAGAAGUUAUAUAAUAUCUGCUAUAAUAUUCUGUUUACUAUUUUCUUAAGCUCACACAAUCAUUUAUCAAGCGCAUGGUCCUCAAAUUAGGAUACGCUAUGUUUCGAGGAACCAGGCAACAAACGACUU